AUCGGCUCGUAUUUCGGCAGCGAGUUGUUAUCGAUGGACGUAGAUGGAGACGGACAGACUGAUGUCCUCCUGGUGGCAGCUCCCAUGUACUACAGUCAGGGUUGGGAGAGAGGGAAGGUUUACAUCUACUCUGUUACACCUCAGACCUCAUUUGUCCUGCGGGGGGCGCUGGAGAUAUCUGACAGCUCUCAGAACUCCCGUCUGGGUUCAGCGUUGGCCCAGAUACCGGACAUGAACGGAGACGGAUUUAGGGAGCUGGUGGUCGGCGCACCGCUGGAGGAUGACCACCAGGGGGCAGUCUAUGUGUUUUAUGGCCAGGACAAAACCAUUCAGCAGCAGCACAGACAGCGUGUCUCUGCAGCAGGACUCUCUGCUGGGCUGCAGUAUUUUGGACAAAGUCUUCACGGUGUUUUGGACAUCAACGCAGACGGGCUGGUUGAUCUCGCGGUGGGAGCGCUGGGAGCUGCCGUCAUCAUCUGGUCUCGUGGUGUGAUGAGGAUUCAGGCCAAACUGACCUUUGAACCCGAGAAGGUGAACAUCUUUAACAAGGACUGUCGUCGAGGAGGGAAGGAGGUGACCUGCAUGUCUGUGACGGUCUGUCUGAGGCUGGAGCCCAGGACCAAGACCAGGACCAACACCAGGACUGAUGUCGGUGGGUGGAUUCAUUAUUACACGUCCAAACAACUGAGCAGCUCAAAU